AUGCCCUUCGCGGGGUGUUCAGCAGCUACCACCAUUUCAGGGUAUCUCAAGAGUUUCGCACCAACGGCAAUAGCACAAACAUCAGGAGCACAAACAUUAGGAGCACAAACGGCAAGCAAGAGCAGCAACUGCAACUGCAGUACCAACGGCAUUAGCAGUGGUAGCAAGCAAGUAUAUCUUUUAAGAGCAGCAGCUGCAGCGGAAGUGCACGACGAGGUAGAGCUCAGACAGCAACAAAGGUUAGGAGGUGCUGCCUCCAUCGACCCUUUGACAUGGGCAAGAAGUCUCUUUGGAGAGACUGAGGAGCCGCAUGCUGCUGGCGAUCGGCGAGGCGCAUCUGCGACGUCGGGAAACGCCGAUCUCUCGAAGACGGACAAGGACGCUGUCUAUACACCCCAUACCGUCGCCAGGAAGGGGAGCAGCAAACAGCAAGGCAGCGGCCAUAGCUCAGCGAUCCCGUCGUGUGCUGUUUCUCUAAGACUACAGAUACCUAGAUUCGUGUCGCAACAAAGUUGCACUCAGGCUGCCUCCUUGUUGCGGUCACAGCGAAGCGCUUUGAAGGAAGAUUACUUGUCAAAACACCGGGCAGCCGUCCGAGCGAAGCGUGCCGCCACAUCGCACAGCUAA